AAUCUGAAGUGCAAAAAAAAUCAUAAAAUUACCAAUCUAAAAUAUUUUGAACUUAGAGGACCAGUGGGUCAAAUAUUGUUUGUUUUUAAUGCUACUCUUCGAUAUGUCCGAUCCUCUGCCGGCAUUUGAGACAAUAAAGCCUAUCAACAAUGGCGAGGAAAUGCUACUCCUUGUCAUGAAACAAAGUCCCAAUCGUGAUGAGAAAGCAGUGGCGGAACGCGUUCCAAGUGAAACCGAUGCAAUGGAUAAUUUACAUGAUGUCACCUUCUUCCCCUUUGAGGGUCCUGAGGAUGCCCUGCGGAGUUUGCUGACUCGAUGGAAUCUACUGCAUUUGUUUGAUGCCCUCAAAAAUGAAAACAUGACAGUUGAUGUUUUGAAAAUCCUCAAUGCGGGAGAACUGAAAGAGCUGACGCAGUCCUGGAAAAUGGGUGAUCGAGUGCUGUUCAAUUAUCAUUUCGAAAAAUGGCGUGAGGAAAUAAAUCUACCCAUAUCUGUAAGAAAAACCCAUAGUCCUCUACCCGAACCGCUGGGAUCUGUGAUGCCCACCGAAAAUCCUGACUUCCUUACCAUCCACAUGCCCUCAUCACUGAAUAAUUUAACACCUCACUCGACGGGCUCACGAUCGCCCAGCAAUCGUUCCCUACACUCGGUGGAUAUCUCCCCCGAGACGGCAGAGAAACACAAAGUCACAGUGGCCGAAAUACUCAGCAGUCAUCGAAAUGGUCAACGUGUCAUGGAGGCCUACAAGAAAAACCGACGUCUAAAUGAGGAGCAAAGAAAUCUCCUGAUUACCAUGAUUGGUAGCUAUUUUGAGCAACGUAGCUUUCACAUGUCCCUGCAGACCAGCUAUCGCCUGGAGAAGGAGAUUCUCGGUAUGUUUCCCACCGAAAAGUUGGAGUUUUAUCGCACCGAGAGAAGAGGGAGAAUUUAUACCAAAUAUCAAAAUAUCAAGAAAUCUUCCAGGGUGUUUUCGGAUGAUGAAGAGGGUGGGGCCCUGGGUCCCAAAUCACCGAAAAUCCAAAAAGUUGUACCUGAACAAGAUGCCUCGGCCUGGGUCCACACCUUAAAGUAUGCCAAUCUAACAUCUGUGGAAUUCGAUAUAACCUGGCAGGCAUGCAGCAAUUAUCGCAUCAAUCAAAUUUUCAAUGAAUGUCAAAAUAUUAGCGAUAUCCUGACGAAGUGGCCCCAGUAUUUGAGACCCGAGGGAUAUAAAUUGAUCGACAAGGAUUUCAAUGAACUUUUCAAAAACUAUGACAGCAUCAGCAAUUGGAAUUGCAAAGUGCAGAAGCUAUGUAAAUUCCUAAAGAAACUGAAAAAUGUGCGGGAUGUCUCCAACAAAAGGAUACUGGAGUCGAUAUUGGAUAAACAGUCCACAGAGGAUCCCGAUGUCUUCGCCUUGAAAACGCUGUGGUGCCUGCACUCCUAUCUCCAUCCCACUUCGCGGUUUGUGCGACGCGAUGCCAACGGCAAUAAAAAUAUCCAACGUUUUACGGUCAAGGAUUCCCAAGAGUCCUUUCUCUAUGUCGAUCUCACAAUACAGGGUCUGGAGAAGCAUAUCGAGUCUCUGCUGCAACGAGGCGAGAGUAUACAACCCUUUAUUCUGGCCGUAGGAGAUUCCACAUUCUCAACAAUUGAACAAUGUUUUGUCUACUUGGAUGGCAACCUGAUAGCCUUUGAAAGUUUCCUCAAAGCUCUGGAUGUUUGCUUUAAAUCCUUUCAUUUGUUUAACCUAAAAUAUCCGAAGGCCUCAGAUCCUUUUUGGACAUUUGUGGAGGCGUAUUUCUAUGACAUUGAUACGGGAUCGAAGAAAAGUUAUAAAAUUAAUACCCUACUGCAGGAGUUGAGGGAUUAAUGGGAAGUAGGGGAAAGGGGUAAUGAGGAACAGGAGA